UAGAAUUACAAGUUCGAAAAACGUUUAAAAUUUGAAUCGAUUAAAUUCUUAUUAUUCAAAAACAACAACAUUAAAAUGGAGGAUGGUAUGAGAGCAGAAGAAGAUAUUUUUGAUGAGGAAAAGGAUGAGAGCGAAAUUAUCGGGAAAGAUUACGCCAAAGUCAAGGAAAAAUUGGAAAAGGAAGGAUAUUGUGAAGGUUUAGAACAUGGUCACGGCACAACAGUACAACAUAGUUUUAAUGUAGCCUAUAAAUACACUGCUAGAAAAAUGGUUCGAUUUUCAGAAAUCAAAGGUCGUGUCAAUGCUAUUUUAUCAGUUUUACAUCUCAAACCAGAAUCUGUCACUCCAGAGAGGAAAGAAAAUUUAGAAAAUCUGCUUUCUCAAGUUGCUAAAUAUGAGGACAGUCUAAUAAAGAGACUCAAGGAACCUAAAAACGCGAAAAUAAUCGUCCAGGAUGAUGUGGUGGAUAAUAUUAUACCUGAUACAACUAGUAGUAUGUAUGUAGAGGAUGAUUUGUCUGAUUUUAUUGGAAUAAAGUCUGACGCUAGCAGCGAUUCUGAGGGAGUCUUCAGCACAGAAUCCCGUGACAAUUCACUCUCCAGACAGCAAGAUUCCCCCGUUGCUUCCAACAACAAAAAAAUGAAAUUGACGGAAGCCAAAGUUGGUGAUUCUCAGAAACGUUUCAAUCCUUCCACAAGCGAGAAAAAACAAUUGGACGUUAUCUCUCAAGAAAUUGACUCGGAAAUUUCAAAAUUUGAAUCUGCUUUAGAGAGUUUGCUGUUAAAUUGAUUCGGUGAUGGUGUUGGAUAGAAAUUUUAGCAUUUCCAAUCAAAACAGCUCAGCAUUGCUUGCUUAUAUGGAUAUGAAAAUCUCAUU